UCCUCCAAACCAGCGUGCCCCAACCCUAGCCUCCAUUGUCGCGGCUUCUGCAUUUGCCCUAGGGUUUCUUCCCUCCCGUUUUAGGUACGUCCUUCGUCACGACCGGUGGAUGGGUACGGAGAGGAAGAGGAAGGUGAGUCUAUUCGAUGUGAUGGACGAUCCCUCUCUAUCGGCGAAGAUGGCCAAACCCAACGGUUUUGGAGCUGCGGCGGCGAACAUCGGAGACGGCCUGAUCAACAAAUGGACAGGGAAGCCUUAUACGCAGAGGUACUUCGAUAUACUGGAGAAGAGGAGGACUCUGCCUGUUUGGCAGCAGAAAGAGGAGUUUUUUCGGACAUUGAAUGCCAAUCAGACGCUGAUACUGGUCGGUGAGACUGGUAGCGGUAAAACUACACAGAUCCCUCAGUUUGUUUUAGAUGCUGUGGAAGCUGAAAACUCGGAUAAGCGUAGGAAAUGGAUGGUCGGCUGCACACAACCUCGCAGAGUGGCUGCAAUGUCUGUGUCAAGGCGUGUUGCUGAGGAGAUGGAUGUAAGUAUCGGUGAAGAAGUAGGUUACAGCAUUCGUUUCGAGGACUGCAGUAGCUCCCGGACUUUGUUGAAGUAUUUGACAGAUGGUAUGCUUCUCAGAGAAGCCAUGGCAGACCCGCUUCUCGAGAGGUACAAGGUAAUUAUUCUUGAUGAAGCUCAUGAAAGAACUCUGGCUACUGAUGUGCUGUUUGGUCUUCUGAAAGAAGUCCUGAAAAACAGACCCGACCUUAAGUUAGUUGUUAUGAGUGCAACCCUCGAAGCCGAAAAGUUUCAGGACUAUUUUAGUGGAGCACCUCUUAUGAAAGUUCCUGGGCGGCUCCAUCCUGUGGAGAUCUUCUACACUCAGGAUCCUGAAAGGGACUAUCUUGAGGCUGCUAUUAGGACUGUUGUCCAGAUACACAUGUGUGAGCCACUCGGAGAUAUUCUUGUCUUCUUAACCGGAGAAGAGGAGAUAGAAGAUGCAUGCCGCAAAAUUAAUAAAGAGGUCAAUAAUCUCGGGGACCAAGUGGGGCCUGUCAAAGUCGUACCUUUGUACUCUACACUUCCUCCUGCAAUGCAACAGAAGAUAUUUGACGCUGCUCCAGCACCACUAACUGAAGGUGGCCCUCCUGGGAGAAAGAUUGUUGUCUCGACCAACAUUGCAGAAACAUCUCUAACCAUAGAUGGUAUCGUGUAUGUGAUUGAUCCCGGGUUCGCUAAGCAGAAAGUCUACAAUCCACGAAUUCGUGUUGAGUCCUUGUUGGUGUCCCCGAUAUCCAAGGCAAGUGCUCACCAGAGAGCAGGUCGUGCUGGUAGAACUAGGCCUGGAAAAUGUUUCAGACUUUACACAGAAAAAAGUUUCCAUAAUGACCUGCAAGCACAGACAUAUCCUGAGAUAUUGAGAUCGAACCUUGCCAACACAGUCCUGACCUUGAAAAAACUGGGUAUAGAUGACUUGGUGCAUUUUGAUUUUAUGGACCCUCCUGCUCCUGAGACACUGAUGCGUGCUUUGGAGGUUUUGAAUUAUUUGGGAGCAUUGGAUGAUGAAGGUAACUUGACCAAGAUAGGUGAGAUAAUGAGUGAAUUUCCCUUGGAUCCGCAAAUGGCAAAGAUGCUCAUAGUCAGUCCUGAAUUCAACUGCUCUAAUGAGAUUCUCUCAGUUUCUGCUAUGUUAUCAGUACCGAAUUGCUUUGUCCGGCCUAGAGAGGCUCAGAAAGCUGCAGAUGAAGCUAAAGCUAGGUUUGGACACAUUGACGGUGAUCACCUUACGCUGUUAAACGUGUACCAUGCUUAUAAGCAAAACAGUGAAGACCCGAACUGGUGUUACGAAAACUUUGUCAACCAAAGAGCAAUGAAGUCUGCUGACAAUGUUAGACAGCAGCUAGUCAGAAUAAUGUCUAGAUUUAAUCUGAAGAUGUGCAGCUCCGAUUUUAACAGCCGGGAUUACUAUAUCAACAUAAGAAAGGCCAUGCUUGCUGGUUAUUUCAUGCAGGUGGCUCACCUUGAACGGACUGGCCAUUACUUGACCGUCAAAGAUAACCAGGUGGUUCAUUUGCAUCCAUCAACUUGCCUUGAUCAUAAGGCAGAGUGGGUGAUUUACAAUGAAUAUGUCUUGACGAGCCGGAAUUUCAUCCGUACUGUCACAGAUAUCCGUGGUGAAUGGUUGGUCGAUAUUGCACCUCAUUACUACGAUCUUUCAAAUUUCCCGAACUGCGAGGCAAAACGUGUUCUUGAGAAGCUCUAUAGGAAGAGAGAAAGGGAGAAGGAAGAAAGCAAGACUGGAAGAUGAAGAAAUUCUGGACUUGAAUCUCUCAGCCGUUUCCUCAGCAGAAGAAAGAAAGACCAUCCAUGAACGGAUAUUGUAGUGUUGUUCCCCUGACUAAUGAUUCUACAUGUACGGUUUUGUAUAAGCACACUGCUCUUGUCCUGAGACAUCGAACACUUGCUUCUUAGUUUAUUGUGUACUUCAUUCA